UAUUUCCCAGCUUUGACGUACGGAUCUUUUAAACUGUGGAAUCGGCGAAAAUGGCCGCGAUUGUCGGCAGAACUUCCAACCAGGCUUUAUUGCUUGCAAGAUCUGGUCUCACGUGUCAGAAGGCAACCUUGGUAACGGGCAAACGGCUUAGUGCUGGGAAGAAAGUGGCAUUAGCAUGUGUUGGUGGGUUGGCAGCUGGUGGUGUUGGGCUGGCUGUGGCAUUCAAUCAGGCGGUUCUGGCGGGUGAAUUGGAGCUGCACCCACCCAAGUUGCCAUGGAGUCACAAUGGACUACUGAGUGCCCUUGAUCGCAACAGCGUUCGCCGUGGUUACCAGGUGUACAAGCAGGUGUGUGCGGCGUGUCACAGUCUGAAGUAUCUGUGUUACAGAGAACUAGUCGGGGAGAUCAUGACCGAGGAUGAAGCCAAAGCUGAAGCUGCAGAGAUUCUUGUCACAGAUGGUCCGGAUGAUGAAGGGAAGAUGUUCCAGAGACCGGGGAAGUUGGCCGACCGCUGUCCAAACCCGUAUGAUAAUGACGAGGCCGCCCGUGCUGCCAACAACGGGGCACUACCACCCGACCUGUCUCUGAUCGUCCCAGCCAGACAUGGAGGGGAGGACUACAUAUUUGCUCUGUUGACCGGAUACUGCGAUGCCCCGGCAGGGUUUGAUAUACGAGAGGGACUCUAUUACAACCCCUACUUCCUUGGUGGCUCUAUUGGAAUGGCACAAGCUCUCUAUAACGAAAUAAUAGAAUACGAAGACGGCACCCCCGCCACUCAGAGUCAACUCUCUAAAGAUGUAUCCGUUUUCUUGAGAUGGGUUUCUGAACCCGAACAUGACAGGAGGAAACAAAUGGGACUUAAGGCUAUGAUGAUCUUGACUAUAAUGUUUGCUGCCGGUUACUACAUCAAACGUCACAAGUGGACCCUGAUAAAAACGAGGAAGUAUUCCCUCAAGCGGUGAAAGUGACUUUCAACAUUUAGGAUCAAUUUGUUUUUAUUAACUGAAGCUGACUGUUUUUUUUAGACUGGUGACUGCCAGUGGUAUUCACUCGACACCAGUCCAACUAGAUCAGGCAAAAGAUGUAGAUGGAAAGAUGUCUCGAUGGAUUGAAAUUAUCGUUCGAUCAACAGAAAUGAUUGUUAGUGCUGAACAGGUUUUGAUAACAUGUAUACAUUUUGCUUUGUAGGUUGUUGGCAUGUGUUCCAGUUGGAUCAUGCAACAUUUCAAAUUGAAUGUGAGGAAAAUAAAAGUUUUUGAAAAUAAUUGAUUGGGUUGGGUAGGAAUUAUUUGAAACCUAAACCAUUUUGUAGAGAUAAGUUUGUUGUUUUUUAGGAAGGCUUCUCUUGUCAGUAAUAAUGUGUAUUCAAAUAACUUGAAAAGGAAAAACUAAUUGCAGCAUAAACUCAAAUUACACUGAAAUUACACACGAACUGGAUUAUUUUAUGCUUGGAACGUAUCAUCACUUAUAUAUACACUGUAUUGACCAUAAUGACACAUAUAAACAUGUGAUAAUUGAAAAAAAUAUUUCCAUUCACAUAAUUUAUAACCAUCUCCUGCCAAUCAUUGCAACAGAGUUAAUUUGAGACUUUUUUCUCUUUUUUAAAUUUAAUGGGUUUAACCCCCCCCCCCCCCAAAAAAAAACCCAACAACAACAAAACAAAAAAAACCCCAACCAGUUGAUAGUAAUCAUGAGUUGGUUAAUGCCAAAAUGGUAAAAACUGUUUGAGGUGGGGGGUUUUGGGGGUUUUUUUUACACAUAGUUUUCAUUACUAGGUGGCAUGCAGUGAUUUUCGAUGGCUACCGAUUCAACCACUGGUGCCUAUUUUUCAUGCUUACAAUUGCAUACCUCAUUGCGUUCAGUAGAUACAGACACCUACAUUUUUGAAACAGCCUUUUACUUUCAAGGAUGUUCAACAUCUUGUUUGAAGCCCAGAGAAACCAUAGAAAAAUGUAACCAACGACUUCACAAAACCUACACUCCAAAAUAUACAUAUUUUUUAUACUAGUUUCAGUGUUGUCAGUGUGCCAAAUACCUGUGUUUAGUUAGUUUCCAGUCAUUUGUUGACCUGACUGUAGAUCGACAUUGAUAAUCUAGUUGGAUUGGUAUUACAGUGCUAUACAUAAACAUAAAUUAUGUUGGACCAAGGCAGAUACAAACCUUGUACAUUUUCUGUUCUGCUUUGAGUAAACUGAAGAGAAUUGUGUGAUAUAUAUUAACCCCCUACCCCCGAAAAAAAAAUAUAGUGAAUCUGAUCCAUUGAAAUAAAAGAGCUUGGUCGAGAUGAA